CCAGCGGCGUAGCCCGGGGAUGAAGCAGCGGAGCUGUCCUGGUCUGUUGUGGUUUGGACUCCUACUGGCUACCUUCUCCCAGGCGCAAUACGGAAGCAAACCCAGGAGGCUGUGCGGCAGGCACCUGAUGACGGAAAUUGUAAAAAUCUGUGGCCAGACUGACUGGAGCCAGUUCGAGAUGGAAGGGCAGACUCCCAUGAAGCAGCUGGCUCACCAAUCCUCGCAGAAAGUCAAAACCUUCAGCCCUGAGCAAAUCCCUACUUCCGCCUGGGGAAGAUUCACAGACCCAGUCCCUGCAGGUGCCUCUCAGGAAAAAGCCGUAAACAUUUGGGAACUUCAGCCACUGCCCAAGUAUCCGUUUGAAAAGGUCAACCUGCGUCCUAAGUCAGAGUUUUCAUCCCACGAUGUCAUUCCCUAUGGCGAGAGUGCAAAGCUUCAGAAGAAAAGCACAGACAAAAUCAAGACUCUCAGCGCUUUGCUCUGGGGCCGGCGCGCCCAGAGGAAGCGCAGAGGGUACUCGGAGAAGUGCUGUCUUAAAGGGUGUACCAAAGAAGAGCUGGCCGUGGCGUGCCUCCCGUACAUUGAUUUUUAAGACUUGAUGAGAAAGCGAACAUCCGUGGUGCCUGAGAUGUACAGGCCACCGUAGAAACUAUGCUAGCUUAAUAAAAUCUUACUAUAUCUCA